AUGGAAAUCGCAUUCCCUUACAUCAAGAAACGGUCAGAAUUUGGCCGACAGUGCAACUUUUCUGACCGAUCCGCGGAGCUUCAUGUGGAUAUCCCCUCAGAUGAUACUUUGAUGCACGAUUUCAUUGCACGGGAUCCUGUAGAUAUGGGCAUACAGUGUGUCCAGGAGAUGUCCGAACAUUUCGCUAACACAGAACGCUAUGAGACAAGUAUUCAUGGCAUUAACCACACGGAGGGAGGCUGGCCUAAAGAUGUUAACCCUAAUGAAGUGGAACAGGUGACGCGCUACCGGAAGAAAGUGGAAAAGGAUGAGAUGUACAUCAGUGCUGUUCUCCAUCUAGGCUCUAUAAUGGAACAUUGCAUCAAACAGAACAAUGCACUUGAUAUCUACGAGGAAUAUUUUGAAGACAUUGACUUUGAAGAAAUGGAUGAACCUGCAUCUGCCAAAACACUCAAUGUGUUUAGAGACCCUAAUGAUAUCAAACGGACAGCUACAAGCAUUUCCUGGCACCCAGACGGAUCGUGCAACCUGGCAGUGGCUUACUGUAACUUGGAGUUUCAGAGCACACUCCCUGGCACCAGUAUGUGUUCCUACAUCUGGGAUGUUGAAAACCCCAAUAAGCCAGACUUGACGAUUAAGCCAGUAUCUCCUCUUGUAUGCCUUGAAUAUAAUCCCAAAGAUACCCAUACCCUUCUUGGAGGCUGCUACAAUGGACAGAUUAUCCUGUGGGACACACGGAAGGGCUCUCAGGCUGCGGAAAUCACUCCCAUAGAACAGUCACACCGAGACCCGACCUACAAAACACUCUGGAUCCAGUCCAAGACGGGCACCGAGUGCUUCUCCACGUCCACGGAUGGCCAGGUUCUCUGGUGGGACAUCAGGAAGAUGUCGGAGCCCACAGAGAAGAUGUACCUGGACAAGAAACAAGAGUUUCAUAACGCACAGGGCGCUUAUUGUUUGGAGUAUGAACCUACCAUGCCAACGAAAUUCAUGGCAGGGACAGAGCAAGGAAAUAUAAUAUCUUGCAAUCGCAAAGCCAAAACUCCCUUUGACAAAAUAGCUGCCAUAUACACGGGGCACAUAGGGCCAGUCUAUGCCUUGCAGAGAAACCCACAGUUCUCCAAAAAUUUCCUCAGUGUUGGUGACUGGUGUGCCAGGAUUUGGUCAGAAGACAUCAGGGAGUCUUCCAUCAUGUGGACACAACAGUACUCUGCCUAUUUGACAGAUGGGUGCUGGAGCCCAACUCGAGCAGCUGUCUUUUUUAUAACAAAGAUGGACGGCACCCUAGAUGUCUGGGACAUCCUCUUCAAACAAAAUUAUCCAACAUUAACACUGCAGGUGUGUGAUGUCCCUUUGUUCAGCGUGAGUGCCCAUGAGUCUGGGAAAUUAGUUGCCACAGGAGCUGACAAUGGCACAACCACAUUACUGGAGCUGUCAGAAGGUCUAUUCACUGUUGCACGCAAUGAGAAGUUGAUAGUUACAAACAUGUUUGACAGGGAGACAAGAAGAGAAAAGAUUUUAGAUGCCCGACAUAAAGAAAUUCGGCUCAAAGAGAGGGCAAAGUUGGAGGGAGGAAAAGAUGAGAAACAUCUUAGUCUGGAAAAACAGGUUGUCAGUGUUGCAGGGGUAGAUGUUUAUUCAGAGGCAGAGAAAUUGUUUUUCUCAAUUGUUGCUGAUGAAAAAAAGAAACGACCCAUUCCAAUGAUGAACUAUGAAGAAGUAGAAAAGAAGGAUCUACAAUUGCAAGCAGAGAGACAAGCAGCCUUGCUUGCCAACCCGGCACUCGAAGAGCCAGAACUGUUCGAACAAGAAACAGCCCACGAAACAUUUCCAGGGGUUUUAAAAGAGAAUGCAGAAGAGAUACCACCAGAUCUACCUAAGGAGGAAGCUGACUACAAAGAAUCAGAACCAGAGGAAGCUGCGUAG